AUGGAUACGGUGAACAUGGAACCUGGUAUGGACGAAGGGGCAUUAUGUAAGAGUCCAUCAACAGAGGUGGUUGACUUGUCUCAAGUAAAUUUGGAGGUGCUCUUGGAAGAUAUGGAGACAAUAUGCUCUUCAGAAACCAAUGGAGCCUCGGCGCUCGGAGAUAAUCCGAAAAAUUACUUGUGGUGCUCCAAAAGCAGUUCAUUGAAGUACAACGAAUCGACGAACACGAGCUCGUUGAACGUCAACAAGUCUGCAAAAAGCUCACUAAAAAAGUCACACCAAAGCAACUCGGAUAACGACUCAACAUGUGGUCUGGUCAACAUCCGCAAUGGCGGCCACUUCAACAUGUGCGAGAAUCCGUCAGACCUCUGGUUCGGCCUUAAAAUGUCGGAUGGAACGCCUGUAGUCAUCAAUUCCAGGAACAGAUUCAGAAAUAACCGUAACUAUAAGCCUAAAUACAAACACAUCCGUAAGAACCACCACAAAUACUCCGUGAACGGUAUCAAGGAUAGAAAAUUUAGCAAAAAAUAUUACAACGGACCGAUUGACUAUUCGGGUGGCUUCUUAUCAAUUUCCAAGUAUAUUGGGUCACAUCGAAGCGAAGUAUACAUGCCAAACUCAUACUCUUCUAUAAAUUAA